AUGGCCAUUACCAAGUUCGGACUUCUCACCCUUCUCGCCAUGGGCGCCGCCCAAGUCAGCGGCAGGGACCAGAUUCAACAACCCGCCCAAUCUCCCUUGCUCAAACAGAUGACAUCGCAAGGAUGCUUCAGCGCCCUCCCAUCAGAUGCAGACUCUCACGGAUCAUUCGCCUUCAUGGCCACUGGUGAAUGCGGAAACUCUUGCACCAAGGAGAAGAAGCCCGUCGCAAUCACUUUUGGAAGCACCUGUUACUGCUCCGACAAGUACCCUGCCAAGUUGUCGCUGGUAGACGAUAGCUUGUGCGACGAGCCGUGUCCAGGUUAUGCCAUGGAGGCCUGUGGAGGAAUGGACCCCAAGUCUUACAGCGUCUUCAACACAGGACUCGAUCUCGCCCCCGGAUAUGACGACGGUGAAGAUAAUGAUGAUGAUGAUGAUGCUUCUUCAGCGACCGAAGCUCCCUUCAGUGCAUCUGCUUCUGUUGUUUCGAUCAAGGUUACGUCGGCGACAGGGAUCCCUUCCACAACCAAAACUGAGGAGGUUAGCUCAGCUACAGCCAGCCCUGAAGAGACUUCCCCGGUUCUGCCUGUUACCGCGUCUCAAAUCCCGCCCGUGGUGAACGAGCAAACUGCUGCCGCGACACCCAGCGCUUCCGCCUCGACCGUUCCAGAGAACGCUUCGCCGAGACUCUCCAACCCCAUUGGAAACAUUGUCAAGGUGAUGAUGAGUUUGCUCUAA